AGCAACAUAGAAGUACAACCAUGGCAGAGAGGAAUUAUGAGGGUCAUUUUCCAUCAGGCCACUCAUUAGCUUAACAACUAAAUCCUCUCUCCAGUUAAUUUCCUUAAAUCCCUCCCUCCCUUUAUGGCCAAACCACCACCUUUAUCAGUUCAUCAUUUUUCUUCAUCAUGGAACCAAACAAUGUUCACAGUGGCAUGCCUGAUGGGGUCACGUCUGGACUGAACUUUGCAAAUUCUGAAGAUCGACUCUUCCUUCGAGAGUCAUUAGAAAAUGUGAACAAUUCCCUAUCACAUACUCUGACCAACAUCUGUGUAGGUGAGGCUGGUGAUGAUAAGUUUUUGGAAGAUUCAUGCAAAGACAGCAAUUUGGAGACCUGCGGUGAGGACAUGAUGGGAAAAUAUCAAAAUGGCAUUCAAGAAGUUGGAGACAAAAACCUGCAAGUUAGUGAUGAGAUGAGGAAUCAAAUCAACGAAAAAAACAAGGAAGGCUUUGCAUUUCUAUCUAAGGGUGAAUUUCAGAAAGCAAUUGAUCUGUUCACAGAAGCCAUCGAAUUGAAUCCAUAUAUUUCCAGUUCUUAUGUUAACCGUGCCAAUGCCUUUAUGCAGUUGAAGGAUCCAAGUUCUGCCAUUAAAGACUGUAAUGUGGCUAUUGAUCUGAAUCCCAGAUCACCAGAGACAUUAAAGCUGAGAGGGAAAGCAUUCAAGAAUUUGGGACAUUUGAAAGAGGCAACCUGUGACUUUGCCUUAGCAUCCAAAUUAGAAUAUGACAAAGAAGCCAAUGCUGUGCUAAGAAGACUAAAGUUAGAGUUUCAAAGAAUUUCUGAGAAGCAGGCAAAGUGUACGCUAAAAUAUAAGGAACCUGAGAUAGUGGGGAAGAUUAAGAAUGUCCAGCUAUCUUUAGAGGAUCAGGAAAAUGUUCACAGAGUGAGAGACUCCAGCACAUCAUUGGAGAAUAAAAUAGCAAAGCAUAAAGAGGAGAUCAAGCUAGAUGAUGGUGGUGACUCCCAAGAGAUAACUGAUGAAAAUACGGGGAUAGCUGACAUGUGGAAGCAAGCCACUGAAAAAAAGAAGGAAGCUUUUGAUGCAGUGGAGAAGGGAGAAUUAGAAAAGGCCAUUGAACUAUUCACCGAAGCAAUCACACUAAACCCCCAGUAUAUGAGCUUGUACAUUUGUCGGGCCAGCACCUUUCUGAAGUUGCAUAUGCCAACUGCUGCCAUAAGAGACUGUGACCAAGCCAUAAAAAUAAACCCUGAUGCAGCAUUGCCAUACAAGUGGCGUGGGGGGGCAUUUUAUUUGCUGGGCUUCUGGGAGAAGGCUGCUAAGGAUCUUGCUUUGGCUUGUCAGCUGGAUUACGAUGAUGAUACCUUUUCUAUGCUAAAGGAGGUGCAAGCAGAAGCUCAGAAAAUCAGUAAAUGCCAGGGCAAGCCUGGAGAAAGAUGUAAAGGGGAGGGGUAUAAGGAAAAGAUGGAGAAGAUGAAGGACCAGGAAAGAAUUCAAGCAAGGAUUUCUCAAGAGGAACAAGAAAUGCAGGAAAAUGUUUCAGAAAAACAGGAAAGAAGUAUGUACAAAAUCUUUCCAGAAAAGAAUGAUCAAUAUAGUCAUUCCCCAAACCACAAAAGAUUUCCUUUUUAUUUUCCAGAUGGGCAGGACAAAGUCUAUGCUAUGUAUGUUGCAGAACAAAAAUCAUGUCAGCUUGCAGGUCGAGGAAAACAUGAAACAUCUGAACUGCAGGAACUGGGGGUUCAAAUGGAAACUAAGAGGGAUGAAAAAUACAUUAAUAGUUCCGAGAGUGAGGACAGUGAAUUAGAGAUUGAUACUGAAGAGGUGAUUGAGCCAGAUGACGAUGUUCCUCAAGAGAUGGGAGAUGAAAACUUGAUGGUCACAGAAGAAAUGAAGAAGCAGGCCAAUGAAAAGAAGAGGGAUGCCAUCGAGGCAGUCAAUAAAGGUGAGCUUUUAAUAGCUUUACAUCUGUUCACUGAAGCUAUUAAGCUCAAUCCAAAACUUACAAUUUUAUAUGCAAACCGAGCCAAGAUCUAUCUGAAGCUUGAAAAGCCACAUGCUGCAAUUAGGGAUUGUGACAGAGCUGUCCAAAUCAACCCUGAUUCUGCACAGCCCUACAAAUGGAGAGGGAGAGCACUGCAAAUGCUUGGUUACUGGCAGAAGGCUGCUAAAGAUCUUGCAUUAGCCUGUCAGUUAGAUUAUGAUGAAGAAUCCUAUGCAAUGUUGAAAGAGGUACAACCCAAGGCUCAGAAAAUUGCUAAAUUCUGGAGGAAGUGGGAGAGAAAGCGUCAGGAAAAAAAUUAUAAGGAGCAAUUGGACAAAAUUCAGAAAGCUUCUGAGGAACAUAAAAGAGUUCAGUCUAAUGUACUGGAGCUAGAAAAAGAUGACAAGGGAGCCAUGGAACACGAGAGGAAAUCUUGGGAAGAAACCACGAAUGAGCAACAAACAGCAAGAAAAAAAACGCUGAGAAAACAGGAAGGCAUAUCCCAGGAGACAUUGGGAAAAGGCCUAGAGAAAAAGAAGCAAUACCAAUAUUUUGAGCAGGAGACGGAGGAGCAAAAAAACUUUCAACAGAAAUUGCUGGAAGAACAACAGAGUCUUCAAGAAAAGGAAGUGAAAUACCAUGGAACAGUCCAACAGAAAGAACUGGAGGAACAACUGAGAGCUCUUCAGGAGGAGCUAGAGGAAAAGCUAAGAUCUUAUCAAGAACAGUUGGAUGAAGGUGAGAAUGCCAUGCAGAGAUUAUUAGCGGAACAAGAAAAAUCACAGCAGAAAGUGCUGUAUGAACAAGAAAGAGAAUAUAAAAUGAUCCUAGAAGAACAACAGAGAAUCCAAAUGUUGGCUCUGGAAGAACUGACAAGAGCUCAGCAAGAGGCUCUGGAGGAACUGACAAGAGCUCAGGAAGAGGCUCUGGAGGAACUGGCAAGAGCUCAAAUUAAAGCCCUGGAUGAACAGGAGAGAGUUCAGCAGAAAGCCCUGGAGGAACAGGAGAGGGCUGAGAAAGCUCUUGAAGCUCUGGAAAGAGCUCAUAAAGAGGCUUUAGAAGAACAAAAGAAUGCUCAUAUAGCUGCUAUAGAAGAGCAGGAGAAAGCACAGAAAAAAUCUCUAGAAGAAAAGAAGAUGGCUGAGGCAGCUCUAGAGGAACUCUUAAAUACCCAGAGAAAGGCCCAAGAAGAACAGGAAAGAGCUAAACAGAAAGCAAUAGAAGAAAGACAGAGUGUUGAGAAGGCCCUAGAGGAAUUAGAGAUUGCUCAGAAGAAGUCUGUAGAGGAACAAGUAAGGGCUCAAAAAGCACUGGAGGUUCUUGAAAAAGCUCAUAAACAGGCUUUGGAAGAGCAGAAGAAACUUCAGAUAGCUGCCAUAGAGGAGCAAGAGCAAGCACGGAAAAAAUAUCUAGAAGAGAAGAAAAUGGCUGAAGCAGCCCUGGAAGCACUCUCAAAGGCUCAGAAAAAUUUCCCAGAAGAACAGGAAGCAAUGCAGAAAAAAGCAGUAAAUGAGAGAAAAAUGAACCUCAAAGAAUUAGAGAAGAAGGCUUUGAAGGAACAGGAAAAAGCUCAAAAUGCCAUGGAAGCUCUUGAAAAAGCCCAUAGGCAGGCAUUGGAGGAACAGAAACAAGCCCAAGAAAUAUCUUUGAAAGAAAGGAAAAUGGCUGAGGCAGCCCUAGAAGAACUCUCAAAGACCCAGAGUAAGAUGCAGGAAGAACAACAAAAUGCUGAGAAGAAAGCAAUGGAAGAAAGAGAAAUACUUCAGAAAAACAUAGAAGAAUUACAAGUGAUCCAGAAGAAGGCCUUGGAGGAUCAGGAAAGAGCUGAGAAAGCUCUCAGUUCUGUGGAAAGAGCUCAUAAACAGGCCCUGGAAGAGCUGCGGACAGCUCAGAUGGCAGCCAUGGCAGAACAGGAGCAAGCACAAAAGAAAUCUCUAGAAGAAAAGAAAAUAUCAGAGGCAGCUCUGGAAGAACUGUCAGCAGCUCAGAGAAAGUUCCAAGAAGAGCAACAAAGAGCUGAGAAGAAAGCAAUGGAAGAAAAAGAAAUACUUCAGAAAAACAUAGAAGAAUUACAAGUGAUCCAGAAAAAGGCCUUGGAGGAUCAGGAGAGAGCUGAGAAAGCUCUCAGUUCUGUGGAAAGAGCUCAUAAACAGGCCCUGGAAGAUCUGAGGACAGCUCAGAUGGCAGCCAUGGCAGAACAGGAACAAGCACAAAAGAAAUCUCUAGAAGAAAAGAAAAUGGCCGAGGCCGCUCUGGAAGAAUUGUCAGCAGCUCAGAGAAAGUUCCAAGAAGAGCAACAAAGGGUUGAGAAGCAAGCAAUGGAAGAAAAAGAGGUACUUCAAAAAAGGCUAGAAGAAUUACAGAUUGCUCAGAAGAAAGCACUAGAAGAACAGGAGAAAGCUGAGAAGGCUCUGGAUGUUCUGGAAAGAGCUCAUAAACAAGCCCUAGAUGAACAGAAGGAAGCUCAGAGGGCUGCUAUGGAAGAACAAGAGCAAGCACAGAGGAAAUCUCAAGAAGAAAAAAAGUUGGCCGAAAAAGCCUUGGAAGAACUCCUAAGGACUCAGAGAAAGUUCGAAGAAGAGCAGAAAAGAGCUGAGAAGCAAGCAACUGAAGAAAGAGAGAUACUUCAGAAGAAAACUGAAGAAUUGGAGAUUGCUCAGAAGAAGGCCCUUGAGGAACAAGAGAAAGCUCAGAAAGCUCAGGACGCUCUGGGGAAAGCCCAUAAACAGGUUCUAGAGGAACAGAAGAAAAUUCAGUUGGCUGCAACAGAAGACCAGGAACAAGCACAGAAGAAGUUUUUACAAGAAAAAAAGCUGGCUGAGGCAGCUCUAGAAGAACUCUUGAAAAAGGUCCAAGAAGAGCAAGAAACAGCCGAGAAGAAAGCAAUGGAGGAAAGAAAGAUAGCUGAGAAGACACUAAGAGAUUUAGACACUGCUCAGAAGAAGGCCUUAGAGGACUUAGAAACAGCAAAGAAAAAAGCCAGGAAGGAACAGGAAAGAGCCCAGAAAGCUCUGGAUGCCCUGGAGAAAGCUCAUAAGCAACUCCUGGAUGAACAGAAGAGAACACAGAAAAAAUCUCUUGAAGAAAAGAAGAUGGCUGAAGCAGUUUUAGAAGAACUCUUAAAGACCCAGAAAAAGUUCCAUGAAGAGCAGAAAAAGGCUGAAGAGAAAGCAAUGGAGGAAAAAGAGACAACUCAAAGGGCUCUAGAAAAAUUAGAGGCUGCUCAGAAGAAUGCCAUAGAGGAACAGGAAAGAGCUCAGAAAGCCUUGGAAGCACUAGAAAAAGCUCAUAAACAAUCCUUAGAGGAGCAGAGGCAUGCACAGGAAAUAUCUCUAAAAGAAAAGAAGAUGGCUGAGGCAGCUCUAGAAGAGCUCUCAAGGGCUCAGAGAAAGAGCCAAGGAGAGCAGGAAAAAGCUGAGAGGAAAGCUAUAAAAGCAAAAGAGAGCAGUCAAAAGUCCCUAGAAGAAUUAGAGAGUGCGCAAAAGAAGACCCUGGAGGACUUGGAAACAGCUCAGAAAAAGGCCAUGGAAGAAAGUGAAAGAAUUCAGCAUCAGGCCUUAGAAGAACAAAGGAAAGCAUAUUUAGCUAAGGAAGAACUGGAGAGAGUGCAUGCCAAGGUCAUAGAGGAACAGCAGAUUGCUCAGAAGGUAGCUUUUGAAGAACAGCAAAGAACUAAGAAGAUGCUUAUUGAACUAGAGGAAACACGAAGGAAAUUCUUGGAGGAACAGGAAAGGGCACAGAUGAAAGUUCGAGAGGAACAAGUAAGAGUUCAUCAUGCCACACAGGAACUGGCAAAAGUUCAAAGGGCAGCUCUGGAAGAGCAGGAGAGAGUUCGGAAGACAGCCCUAGCAGAACAGCAGAGAGCUCAAAUGAUGAUGAAGGAACUGGAGGAAAGACAGAGAAAAGCCCUGGAUGAACAGGAACAAACACAGAUAAAGGCCCUCGAUCAGCAAAAGAAAGCUCGUCUUGCUAUGGAAGAACUGGCAAAGGCUCAAAAGGUAGCACUGGAUGAACAAGAGAAGGCUCAGAAAAAGGCCUUAGAAGAACAGAAGAGAGCCCAAAGGGCCAUGGAAGAACUAGAGAGAGUGCGAAAACAGACACUGGAGGAAAUGGAAAGACUCCAGUAUAAAAAUACAGCACAAAUUGAGGAGCCUGUUCUUAGAAAGAUAAACGAGGCAUGCAAAUUAAUUCAAAUUACAGGCUCUAUCAAACCAGAAGGAACUCAAAAUAAAGAGCUAGGUGUAGUUCAUCAAGACCUCUGUGCUGAGCAGGGAAAGAUUCCCAGAGACCUAGAACAGAAAGAACACUCACAGUGUCAGAAGAGCACAGGGCAUGAAAAGAGUUCAGAAAUACCAUUCUUAAACUCUGUCUUGGACUUUUUUCAAACUGAGUACAUUCCAGAAUUCUGAUCCUGUGUAAGGAUUAGAAUGAGAUGAACUGAUUUUGAAGGCCAUCUGCACGCAUUGUGUAAAUUAAAGUAAAAC